AUGCCUCUUCCAAAUCAAGCGUCUCGUGAGGAAGUUGGCAUCAAGAUAUCGAGCACCGAGAUUUUGAAUUCAUCGUUCCAGAGCCGUAAUCACUAUACUUGGUUGUCAAUGUUAGGCUCCAUCUUUCUCUUGGUACUCUCCGGAGAAAAUGUGGAAUCAAGAUCACAUGUUGCCAUUGGUCGGUCUGAAAAAUCUCUAUCAACUUCAACCGUUCCUUUAGGAUUAUGGAAACGUGAAAAAAAACCACCGAACGGGACUGAAAAGACUGAUAAAGAUAAGAAGCCGAAGAAAGAUGAAAGUAAACCAAAAGACGGGAAUCACAAUGCUAGUGUACCUGCCUGUCCUGGCGCACCAUCGGGCGUGUUCUCACUACUACCAUCUGCCUUAAAACUGCCAAGUAAUGCUGGAAUUACUUGUCAUAACUCUACUGAGAAUGCAAAGGUAAAAAGGGCAGAAAAGACAGGUGACAAGGGAAAGCCGAGUGAUCCGAAGAAGGCCGAACCGCAAGGCGCCGAAAAAAUGAAUGCCGAAGAUUGUGUUUGUGCUUUUAACUUACUUCAACAGUCCUUAUUUGAAAAAUUUGAAAAGUCUGCUAAAUCUGAUCCACCAAAGAAUUCAACGAAAACCGGUUCAUUUACUUAUAAAUGGAAAAAUGGAGAAGCCUUUGGGAAAGCUUGUUCAAUUCCUGCGACAGAAAAAGUUGAAAAAUGUGAUCCAAAGAAGAAAGACUCAUGUGCUAAUGUGGAAUCUAAGCUCAAGUCAUGUGCAACUGUCAAAAGUUGUACUGUUAAAAUCACUGCUGCUGGAAAAUCAGAGUUGAACUCCCUUCCAGUGCAGACAGCACUUACAGACUUACAUUAUGGAUUUCAAUCAUAUGCUUGGUCAUGUUGUCCACUAAAUGUGAGCAAAUAUAAUGCUUAUCAGAAUAGUCUCGUCAUCUCAGGUGAACUAACGGGAUGA